UGCUUCCCCUCCAGAAAAAGUUGAAUCACAAGAGAUGUUCUCCGGUGUCGCCACGGAGGAGGUAUGCGGACCUGUGCGCGGUGGUGGGGCGGCGGUGGUCUCCCCCUCCGCUCGAGAGUACUACUUAUUUUAAUCCCACCGUUUCUCCUCGCUUUCCAACUCCUCGUCAUCGGGCCACGGUUACCGCAAGCCCCUGGGGAGGGGGUGGUGGAGCAGCAGGAGGUCGCUUUUUCCGUUAUCAGCAUCGAACCGGGGAAGAACUCUCGCCAACGGGGAUCCCCUUCCCGGCGUCCGAGUCUGGAGGAGGAAGAGGAGGAGGUAGAGGUGGAAGAUGGGCAGAGAAGGGAGGGGGCACGAGCGUAUGAGGAUGAGAACGAGAUGCACUCCAGCCAGAUGGGACCCAGAACACUGGAGGUGCAGCCGUGGGCGGCGGACAAGCCGUCCUUCACAGCAGAGAUCAAUCGUAUCAUCACACAUAUCACCAAGCCACAGCUGAACUGUCCCAUAGUGUUGUCUCCAGGUCAGGCUCAGGCAUCGCAGCCCCCUGCAGAUUCACCCCGCUGGCUGCUGUGUGCUGAGGACUGGCUCCUUCCAGCUGCAGAUAGACCGUGUGUUGCAUACUCCUUUAGUAUGGAUGAGGGAGAUGCAGACUUUCUAAAGACUGUGUCAAGGCUCGGAUGUGAAGUCCACAGUUUUGAUCCCAGCAACUCCAUUGCAUCUGGUGGUCACCUUGGCAACAGUUUGGUCAGUAACCAUGGCGAUGGAGGCGUGGUCAGCCAGCACAAGAUGUGGCUGGAGUGGCGAGCUCCAAGGAGGCGCAAGCAGGAAACGAGAGGCAACCAGGGGGGUGUUUCUCAAACACUGGCAGACAUCAUGGCUGCACUGGGACAUCACACAGUUCACUUCCUGUAUGCUGACCUGCUAAGUGCUGAGUGGCGAGUUUUCCAGAACUGGAUUGAGUCGGAAACUCUGCAGAGUGUCCAUCAUCUGGUUGCUACAGUGCAUCUGCAAUGGGCAGGAUUUGAGGUGGGCGGAACCAAUGACGAAGUGCUCCGCUAUUGGUUCAGUGUCCUACAGGGUCUCCAAGCUUCUGGACUCAAGCUGGUCCACAGCUCGGCAGGAGAGGGUCGCAGUGUCCUAAAACAGACAGUAGCAAAUGUUCACAGCUCCUACACACUCAGCUGGGCCAACACAAGGCGAUGACGCUGACACAUGAAUGAACACAGGUGUACACACAUGACCGGACAUUGUGGAUGGUCUCAUACAAGAAGAAGGUCAAACUUUAAAUUGUUGGUGGUGAUGCACUUUUCUUACAAUCAACUUUUUUCUGACAGUUCUCAACAUGAUGACAUCUCCCUCAAGUGGAGAUGAAAAUAUCUGCCUUUGUGUGACUCCACCCUCACUGGAAAUACUGUUUGUGUGUAGAUAAUAUGACUAAUUUGACCAAAUAUGGAGCAGAAGGUGGGCUUGCUGAUUUAACUGGGCAACAGUGCAACGAUAUAAUAGGGUUACAUAUUUUAUUUUGUUCACUUUGAACAUAAAAAACAUCAGAUACAUUAUGUGUUAAUUGCUUCAAUUGCUGGAUUGUCAUAACUAUUCCUAAUUACCAAACAGUUGUCAGGCAGGUACCUACACAUUUGUUUUAUAGAGAGAUUUUAUCAAUAUCAUAUCAAACAGUGUGACUUAUUUUUGCAUUAAUUUGAUCCAGCUGUUCUUUGAAUGAAGAUUCAACAGAUGAUGUAGAUUCAGAUAGAUAGAUUAUUUAUUGUAUUUGGGUACAUAUCUAUAGCCCUUAAAAUGCUUUUAUGUGCAAUAAUUCUUUAUAUUGAAGAGAAUCUUAAAUUAUAUUGAGACUAAUAAUACCUAGUGUGAAAUAUGCAGAGAAGAAAACAAUGAAACAAUGUUAUAAACAUGUAUUGAUAUCACAAUAAAAUACCAAAUAGA